AUGCCAACACGUCUACGGAAACGAUACCUACGAAAUGCUGCCGCUGCUCGUGCUAAACGACACCCUCAAACACACGAGCCGGACGCCAUCGACAUUCUUGCUGACUCUGGGAGCGAGUUGGGGGCAGAGACCGAUGAUGAAAUCACAACGUGGAGAGGUGGCCUGUCGUAUCUGCGAUCCAACAAAUGGGCGACCGAUCCAGCCAAACUGUCUGAGUUUGUCAGAACACAAUUUGUGUCUCCCGAAGCCAAGGAAUUCCUUUGUCAUGUUGUGGAGGACGAAAUCCCGAAGGCCUUGGGAAAGUAUGUGACGACCACAUUGUUUCCCCGCAUUGGCGUCAAGGCCGGCCUCGGGCACUCGAUCUUGCUCUCGAUGGCACGCGAAUGGAUGGCCAAGUUUGGCUGGAAGUACCAAGAGCACAAGAAGGCACUUUAUUACGACGGGCACGAGUGCCCCGACGUUCUCAAAGAGAAGAUUAUUCCUGCCUUCGAGAACGAACACGGGCCUGGUUAUCAGGCCCUCUUCUUGAUCGACAACUCACAAGGCCACUCAGCAUACUCUGUGGACGCACUGCUUGCCCAGCGCAUGAACCUCAACUCGGGCCGCAAGCAGGCACAUCUGCGCAGUGGAUGGUAUCUUAAUUCACAUGGUCAACGCAUCGAACAGCCGAUGAUCUUUCUGGCAAAUCAUCCUGACCCAGCGCUUCCGAAACCAGCCCAAGGGAAUGCGUGUCGUUCUGCAGGAACGGGGGCUGUGGCGCUCAGGCUUGCUUCGUGA